AACCUACCUCCGAUGGGAUACAAAUUUUUUCUUGCCAAAACAUAAACUGUCGUUGGCACGUCUGCUGAUGGCGAAACCCAAUAGUAAUACCUUUUAUAAUUUGUAGCUAGUAGUCUUGCACGGUUACACCCAAAUCCGCACGUCAGCAUAAAAUAUUGUCCAACCUACCGCCAUCUCUUCCCCCUCCUCGUCUUCUUUUCUUGGUCCCCGCUAGCUGCAAACCAUGCGGCAUGCAUGCAAUUGCGCCCAUGCACGGUUUCCUUAGCCUGAAUUGAAGCCCUGAACAACAACAACAACAGGCAGCAGCAUCUGAGCUGAGCAACUUGGAGAUACACUGACUAGCCCACCAUACCAUCAUGAUGGCCACCAACUUCCUCAAGACGUACCAGCACCAUCUCCACCACCACCACGACAACAAGCCGCAGUUCCCCCUUCCCAAGAAGAAGUUCGUCACCUACGCCGUCUACGCCCUCAUCGCCGUCGUGCUCCUCUACCUCUUCGUCGACCCAGCAGCAGCUCCGCCUGCUGCGGCACCAUCUGCUGCCACCACCAAGCCAUCAUCACUGGUGGAGGAGGAGCGGCCGGCGGCGACGCCGCCUUCUUAUUACCAAGGACGACAAGCAACAGGAGGACACCGACACGCCGCCGCCGAUGAAACAUCAUCGCGGAUCAUCAGUACUGCCACUGCACCGCCACCGCCACCGUGCGACUACUCCGACGGCGAGUGGGUGCCGGACGCACGCCCGCCGCUCUACAACGGCACGACCUGCGGCGCCAUCAAGGACGACGGCCGGAGCUGCACGUUGAACGGGCGCGCGGACACCGGGUACGUCUACUGGCGGUGGCAGCCGCGGGGGUGCCACCUGCCGGACUUCUCCGCCGCCGACUUCCUCCGCUGGCUCCGCAACCGCCACAUGGCCUUCGUCGGCGACUCGUUGGCGCGCAACCAGGCGGAGUCGCUCGUGUGCCUGCUCUCCUCGGCGUACGAGCCGGACCUCGUCCACCGCAGCGCCGACGGCAGGUUCCGGCGCUGGGUGUUCCGCGACCACAACGCCACCGUCUCCAUCUUCUGGUCGCCGUUCCUGGUCAGCGGCGUCGAGAAGUCGGAGCGCGACGGCGUGCGCUACAACCAGGUGUUCCUCGACGCGUUCGACGAGCGCUGGAUGUCGGAGCUCGCCGCCAUCGACGCCGUCGUGAUGUCCGCCGGCCAGUGGUUCCGGAUCCCUAGCGUCUACCACGAGGGCGGCAGAGUCGUCGGCUGCCACGGCUGCGACGCGGCGGAGUUCAACGGCACCGGCGCCGUCGCCGAGGUCAGCUUCUUCCGCGCGUUCAGGGACGCCGUCCGACGGACGCUCGCCGAGGCCGCGCGGCGGCAUCACGAGCAGCACAGCGACGGCGUCAAGCUGGUGGCGAUGACCACGUUCUCGCCGUCGCACUUCGAGGGGCAGUGGAACGAGGGCGCGCCGUGCAAGAAGAAGGCCGACAGGGAGCUGGGGUACACCGAGACGGAGAUGAGGAAGAUCGUCGUGGAGGAGCUGGAGAAAGCGUCGUCGUCAUCGUCGUUGUCGUCGUCGUCGUCGACUUCCCUGCGGUUCGCCGCAGUGGACGUGACGGCGCUGGCCAACCUGCGGCCGGACGGCCACCCGGGGCCGUACAUGCGCAAGAACCCGUUCGCCGCCGGCAACACUACGGGUGGCCGGCCGCCGGUGCAGCACGAUUGCUUGCACUGGUGCAUGCCCGGGCCGGUCGACACGUUUAACCAGAUACUGCUCCAAACCAUCCUCCGCUAGCUCAAACGCUAUAUAUAUUUGCUAGCUCGAUCUUGCAUGUGUUCACUUCGUCCACGAUCUGCAUGAGAAACCGAUCGAUGCUGACUGUAUAUACUGCAAGUUUGUGAAACAUUUACUUUUAUGUUGAAAAGUUUUGUUUUAAAAAUUUAACGAGCCCUCAACAAUUACCACCAUAGCUUACAAUA